AUGAGGCUCUUCGGCAGCAUCUUCUCCAAAUCGCCCGUAUGUGGAAGCAGUGGAUCACGGACUUGGACUCUUGUAGGCGAGGCAUUAUCGGACUGCGUUAGUGACCACCCAGAUACGAUUUUGUCCAGAGAAAUAGAUCACCACCGCGAACUAGUUCUGACAAAAACGAACUCUACAUGCAAUGAGCCAGUCAGAGAAGGCCACUCUGAUCUCCUAGGCCAGGUCAGGUCACCGGCGCACAUUGAAGAAGGGUCACCAGCGAAAGGUCUCUUGCUUCACACGGGCACCGAUAUCACCAAGGGAGCAUCCAUGAAGUCUUCUACCGAUGUUCAGCGUUCGGUAAGAGGCUCCAGGCGCUUGGCUGGUUUUGUAACUCUCCUGCGUCCGCGAAAGUCUCGGCGACGGAAAUCCAAACUCUGUACACCCGAACAACCCAAUACUUGUGCUGUUGGGGAUGCCAAUGAUCGGGGUAAUAUGUGUACCGUACGCAAUACAACUGCAGACCAUCGAAGCGCAGAUGUGCGGGAGGUAUUCCGAUGCUACAACAACAACCCCAAGGAGCCCUAUGAGGAAAGAAAAGCGAGCGACAGAACCAUGCAUUCUCAUACAUCCGAUCUCACAAGCGUAACCGUCUGCCACAAUCCAUCGAAACGUGCCUCGACACCUAUUGCUCUAAUCCAUAGGGAGCAUUCGCGUCAGAACCCGUUCAAUGAACCCGUCGAACCCUCCGAUCGAUUGUCUAGCUACAACCCCUUCUUAGAGCCAUCAAUGACCACUACUGGUUCAGCAAGACGGGCUAGCUCCCAGUAUAGUGACGUCAAUCACGAAUUCGCUCACAUCGCAGGAAUGGUUGCAAAGAACGAGAAUCCCUUGGACUAUGGAGCCAUAUCACUUGUCAGCUCGUCUCGAACAGUGUCAAGAGACAGCACUUGGUCGCUUCAUAUCGAUAGGCACACCGCCGCUGUCGCGUUCAAUGAGCUUGCCCCUCAAAUACGCCUGGAUCCUCUUGUACUGAGCAAUUGCGGCGAGGCUGGAGAAGAAUUGGGCUCGGCUGUGUCAGCAUUGUCCACGCCCGACGUGUUUUGUAAUGCGGGUGACUUGACGAUGGCCGCCCGAACGUACGAAUACUUCGCGGAUCAAGUGCUUUCUGCGGAGAAGGUGAACGACAGGAUUGAGAUAACGGUGCGGCGUGGUGAAAUGCCCGUCGACUUGAUAGGUGUUCUUGAUCACAAGGCUUCGCGCAAGCCGUCUUUGCAGGUUCUCAGUGUCGGCUGGGUUUUCAAGGCGCUCUUGGCUGGACUCCCCGGUGGGAUAUUAGGGUCGGGGGAGUUGUACCGUAUCCUCGUCAGCAUUUGUUACGGGCGUAUCGCCGAAGGGGGGCGUGAGCCCGAUAGUAGUUGCGUCGGCGGUCUCCCCCCUCACGGUCAUACCAAAAUCCAAGCAAUCGGUCUUGCGGUCCUAGCGCUAACGACCCCUAUGCAGUUGAACCUCAUCUGUGCCUUUUUCGGGCUCUGUGCCAUGCUGGCGUAUGAGACGGAACGCGCGAAUGAGCUCGAGGAACCCGGCGACGGUGUGAGUAGUAUUACCCCGGGGCAAUUGAGUGUGGAGCGCCUCGGUCAUAUCCUUGGGCCAUUGCUGACCCCAGAUGGGGGCGAGGGGGGGCAGGACACUUUCCGUGCCAUCGAGCGAGAGAUCGAAAGUCAGCGGGUGAUGACGAUGUUGAUCGGCGGUUGGUACAUGAUCAAUCGACAGUUACGGGUCUGGCAAAAUCAAGGAUCGGUCCUGAAGCAGGGGGCCUUCUCCAAGAUAUUCAGUUGGGAGGAGGGUGACAGGUCACGCGAGAAAAUAGUUGGAUAG